UUCCGCUUUCGAGUCGCCGGCGAUGACAGUGUAGCCAGUCGUGAGCUGAUAUGAGAAUUUUUCCUGUCUGAUUAGAGGUAAAAGGUCAAUGAACCCAGACGUGUCCAACAGGCAAAGAAGUGCGUACAGUGUGCCUUUCCAGUUCCAAUUUAAUUCAUUUCUAUUCAGCACCAACUGUAACUUUAUUGGUAACGGAAUAUUAAGACACUGUGUGAUGUGAGGACACUAGUGGAAAAGAAGUUCCAAAUCUUACUAGGAACACAGCAAAGACCAAAAAAACAGAUUUUAAUUAUAUAAGAAAAAGAAAGACUGCACGUUGGCAAGAGAGUCGAACAUGACGGACACUAAGCUGUCUACAGCGGCGGAAGAACUUCAGGAACUAGAUUUUAUCUUUAAAAGUGGUUCUGAUCUGGAUGUUGUAGAGAGGGGAUACGGACGGAAAUUGGUUCACGCUAUAAGUGGUCAAAAUACGGUUCUGGAGCGCGAAGCUUUAAAAAGUCUGGGAGAUGUGUACCUGCAUAAAGCAAACAAGAGCACUGGUAAAGCAGAGAAUUUUAACAAGGCGUGCUCGUUGUACGCAGAACUCUUACGGUAUUACACCAGUCUUGAGGAGAAAGAAGUUGUUCAACAUCGCAUCAGAUAUGCUGAGAAACUGGCUCUUCAUCACCGUACCGUAAAAGUACCUGUAAGUAAUUCAGGCAACAGCACGUCGGCUGUGUGGACGACCCUAAACAAAGUAAAAACCAAGUUUAAAGGGUAUGGAACAACCCCCCUGAUUAAAGGCUAUACAGACUCCUUCGUAAAUGGAAUUAUCGAAAGAAAUGAACUUCUGAAGAUAGAAUCGUUGAAGAGCCUGGGAGAUCUGUACCUAGAGAAAGGAAGGGUUGACAAGGACGAGACAGUGUUCAGUAAAUCAGCUGGUCUGUACCGAGCGGCGCUGGACCGCUGUGAAGAUUCAGGCGGCAGAGAAACACUACAGCACCGCAUCAAGUACGCGGAGAACCUGGACCUGGACAGGGCGGAACGAAAAUUUGCGGCUGCACUCCAAGCCGUUCAUGUUCGAGGUCAACACUGGAAAGAGGUAGAACCUCUAUGCAAGUUAAGCGAAGUCUACUUGAAGAGAGGAAUGCUGUCAAAAGUCGGAGGAGAUUUCACUAAGGCCGCAGCACUCAGCAAUGCAGCACUGAUCCGAGCAAGAGCAGAAGACCAAGAGGGUAUCAAACAAUCAAUCCAGAAGGUAACCCAUUUGUUUGUGAAGCACGUCAUAGGUAUAGAGAAAACGGUACCCAUUGAUGAUGAUGUGGAAAAACACAAGUCGGUGCUGAUGGAACACCGUGGUUACGCGGAAAAUGAGAUUAAAAGAAUUGAUCAACACGUAGAUCCUUUUAAUCUUGAUAAAGAUGACCCAAACAUUGGAGAUAUGGAGAAGAAGAGAGCAGAAGCAAUCAAAGCCAUGUUUGACACUAUUGUGCAUCAGCGAAAGACUUUCAUAAUUGGUCUUGUAGAUGAGUGUAUAGUGGUAAUGGGCCCCCCUCCCUGUAAGUACGCCAUGAUAGGACUGGGUUCACAUGCCACAGGACUGGUAACACCAUACUCUGACCUGGAGUUUGCAAUUUUGAUAGAGAAGGAAACGGAGAGCAUUGUGAACUAUUUCCACAACCUCACGCAUUACCUCCAUCUGAAAGUGAUCAAUCUUGGGGAAACCAUUCUCCCGGCCAUUGCGAUUAAGUCUCUUAAUAACUUUGAGUCAGUUAACAAGCUAGAUGACUGGUUCUACGACUCUGUAACACCCCGUGGGUUCUCUUUUGACGGUGCAAUGCCACAUGCAUGUAAAACCCCACUAGGCAGAGGCAAAAACUCCCUUCUUAUCCGCACACCACGUGACAUGGUUAGAGUUCUGGAAGAUGACAUUUCGCUUUACCGUAAGAAAGGCUACCACCUAGCGACUGUCUUGGGAAAUGUUUCAUUGAUUACCGGAGAGCAGGACUUGGUUGAUGAGUAUAUAGCAAUGUGGGAUCACAGAAUUCAAGAAAAUGAGAAGAACGUGGCCAGGCUUCUAGCAAACACUAUGUUGACUGAAAAUGCUGAAAUGUUUGAAAGGCAGAAUCCAACGGACAAAAUGCUGGAUGUAAAGAAAGAAAUCUACCGAUUUUCCAGCCUUGCGGUGUCUUGUUGGGCACUACUUGCUGGUAUACAGCCGACUACAAUCUGGGAGACUAUUGAGAAGAUGCGAAAGGAAGGAGCCAUCAGUGAUGAGAGCAAACAUCACUUGAUGGUGCUGGUCAGCAUCUCAGCAGAACUGAGGCUACGAACAUACAUGAACAAUCAUGGUCAAGUGGAAAACAUGUCAGCUUUAUCGUCAAUGCCAACAACUUCUGGCUUCGAGCAAAUAUCAAAGAAAGUCUUUUACGUCUCGAAUUCAAAACAACUCAUGAGGUACUAUUACACAGCAAUACCGCUAAAGAACUCCUUACAAUUUUUGCAAGAUGACAGCAGACAAUCACUACAAUCGAUAACUCUAUUUGAUGAUUCCUUAAAGGUACAAACAGAAGUAUACCUAAGUCUUUGUGACUACCAAAACUAUAAGACAUACACGGAGCAAGCAUUACACAAAGAGCUACUGAAAAAUGGCAAAACAGCUACUAAUCUUGACAUCGCUAGCUUACUCGUUAAAUUGGGGAACGCCUGCUUCCACAUUGCCGGUUACAAAGAGGAAGUAAUUUAUUUGGUACAGGCACUACAAAUGUACAAGAGUAUCUACGGUGAGAGUACUGCUCAUUCUGAUAUCGCAAAAUCACUUAGCAACUUGGGUACCGCCUGGAGUAAUCUUGGUAAUCACAGUAUGGCCAUUGACUAUUAUAAACAGGCAUUACGAAUGCACAUGAACAUCUAUGGUGACAAGACUGCACCCCGUCACAUCGCCGGGUUAACCAACAACAUAGGUAACUCAUGGAGCGUCCUCGGCGAUUACCGAAAUGCCGUUAGCUGUCAUGAGAAAGCACUGUCGAUGAUGAGGCUCACCUAUGGUGAGAGCACUGUGCAUCCUGAUAUCGCCACGUCACUUAAUAACUUGGGUAACGCCUGGAUAGACCUUCGUAAUAACAGAAAGGCAGUUGUCUAUUUUGAACAGUCACUGCAAAUGAGGAGAGAUAUAUACGGUGAAAGCACUGCUCAUCUUGGCAUUGCUUAUUCACUUAACAACUUGGGGCUUGCCAGGGAUAACCUUGGUGAUCAUAGAAAGGCCAUCAGAUGUCAUGAGAUGUCACUGCAAAUGAAGCGGAGCAUCUAUGGCGAAGGCAUUGCACAUCUCGACAUUGCUUAUUCACUCAACAAUUUGGGUAUCUGCUGGACUAAGCUUAAUGACUGCCGUAGAGCCAUCAGCUAUUAUGAGAUGUCACUGCAGAUGAAGUGGCGUAUAUAUGGUGCGCAUACUCCGCAUUUCGACAUUGCAAACUCACUAAACAACAUGGGUAUGACCUGGAAACACAUUGGUGAUCACAGAAAGGCCAUUGAAUAUUUUGAACAGGCACUAGAGAUGAGGCGGAGUAUUAAUGGCAAAGACGCUGUAGAUUCUUACAUAGCGGAAUUACUAUACAACUUGGGCAACGCCUGGGGACACAUUUGUGACUAUAGAAAAGCCAUCAGCUAUCUUGAACAGGCACGUCAGAUGAUGAUGAGGAUUCAUGGCAAGAGCAAUGCAUAUCCUGUCACAAAUGAAAAAGAUGAUUAAAAGAUAAAAUUAUGGACAUUGCUUUUACCCUUAACCCUUGUCCUGCUGACAUUCCUGGCACAAUAUUUUUCAAUAACUUCAUGUCUUAAUUAGAUCAUAGACCCCCAAUAGGUGGCGUAAUGUUGGUGGUCCAGC